AUGGGCUCGCAGAUAGCGAGGCAGGCGACACAUAAGCGACAGCUCUGCCCAAUCGACGACGCGAUCGCGGUCCGCAUUCACCGGACAAUGCUAUCGGGUGUACCAUCGGAGACAUGCACUCUCGCGCCAUUACGAUUGGUCGGACUGCGCGGCGAUGACUGUACACUUGUGCGAAAUGUCAAUCCAAUUGAAUCCAACAAAUCGUGUCUCAGACGACGGGACAGACGGCGUCAAUCUAACGCCGCGCUCAGGUGUUUAAUGAUGCAAUAA